GGUAAUGUUUGGAAGAUCCAUGGAAAUGAGAAGGGCUGGUUAUGCCAUUUUUUUGGUGAUGUUGGUUUGCUAUUUGAGCAUAGUGAGCUUGGAAGGUAAGCGGGGGAUACGUGAAGAUGAUGGCACCACAACAUCUCCCAUAAAUGACAAAAUGGCAGAGGAAUGGAAUCAUUGCACGAGGGAGAUGGGAGAAAAGAGAGUUGCUAGGAAAGAUUUCAACCUGUAUAUACCACAAGUAACCAACGACUUGAUAUCGACACUAUUAACAAAACAAAGCGUGGACAAAGCUAUUAAUACUUUGCCUCCUCAAGUGAGAGAAGGGGUUCUUGAUUGCUUAAGAAAGAAUGGGCUUGCCUUUCAUGCUUACGACUCAGAGUUUACCUCAAGCUACAUGCAUCCAUCUCGAGGUGUAUUGGAUUUUUCAGUUCAUGUAUCGAAAAAGGUUUCCAGUGCAAAACCAGGUAAAUCUGGUAAGAAGAAGAAGAAGAAGAAGGAUAUGAUGACAAUUGUUAUAGCUGUUGGUGCAACUUCUGCCACAACAUUCAUCCUUGUUGCAGUGGUCUUCUUUUGUUGUUUGAGGAAAACAACAGAACCAAAGGAUGAAAAACCUCUUUUACACUUAACCGAUUACUUGAGCGAAGAUUCUUCACACAAGUCUAUCAGUUUAGGAAGUUCUAGCAACAAAGAACCCGUUACUAGCGACCAAAAUGACCAUUCUUUGGCUAGUAGUUCGCCCACGGAGCAAGAUGAUAACUCACUUCCAAAACCACCAGGAUAUAAUGCCACUGUUGGAGCAGGCCUGAAACCUCCUCCUGGGAGACCAGCUCCUACUCCUCCAGCACCACCUCCCAAAGCACCAGCUCCUCCUCCUCCUCGUGCUGCCCCCCCACCGCCUCCGCCUAAAGGUGUCCGUCCUCCUCCGCCACCAAAAUCGAAGGCUGGACCUCUUGGAGCACGUAAACAGAGUGGUUCUGAUGGCGACAGUGAUUCUUCACAAAAAGCCAAGUUGAAACCUUUUUUCUGGGACAAGGUAACGGCUAGUGCAGAUCAAUCAAUGGUCUGGCAUGAGAUCCAUGGUGGAUCAUUCCAGUUCAAUGAGGAGAUGAUGGAGAUUUUAUUUGGUUAUCAAGCAACUCAGAACAAGAGUAAUGAGAAGAAAGAUAAAGCAGGUGAACCAGCGAUCAAGUACAUUCAAAUUAUCGACCCUAGGAAAGCACAAAAUUUGGCUAUUCUUCUACGUGCACUAAAUGUCACAACACAUGAAGUUGUUGAUGCUCUCCAAGAAGGUCACAGGCUUCCAGGAGAGCUCCUUCAAACAUUGCAGAAGAUGACACCAACACAAGAUGAGGAGCUGAAGCUUAGAUUAUUCGCAGGGGAUAUUAAUCAAUUGGGCCCUGCAGAGAGGUUCCUUAAAACCGUGGUUGAAAUACCUUUUGCCUUCAAACGGAUUGAUGCCUUGUUGUUCAUGAGCACUUUUUCGGAGGAAGUUGCUGGCAUUAAAGAAUCCUUUGCAACUCUUGAGGUAGCUUGCUCGAAGCUAAAAGAUAGCAGAUUGUUCAUGAAGCUUCUAGAAGCAGUGCUUAAAACCGGUAACCGCAUGAAUGAUGGUACCUACCGUGGUGGUGCACAGGCAUUCAAGCUUGACACACUCUUGAAACUAUCUGAUGUAAAGGGAACGGAUGGUAAGACGACACUUCUGCACUUUGUAGUUCAGGAGAUCAUACGUUAUGAGGGUAUAAGAUGUGUUCGCUCACAAUCAUCAAGCCGGGGCGAGAGCGUUGGCCAUUUCAAGGAAGUGGACUUCACUGAAUGUGAUGACCAAGACCAGGAGGAAAAUUACCGCAGUUUUGGUCUUGAAGUGGUUUCAAGUCUAACCAGUGAACUUGAAGUUGUUAGGAAGGCUGCUGUGAUUGAUACUGAUGCCCUGACAUCUACUGUGACAAAACUCGAUUUUACUUUGAAAAAAACUAAAGAUUUUUUGAAUAUGGAUAUGAAGGAUACCGAUAGUGAGGCCACUCAAUUUUAUCAUUCGAUAACUUGUUUCACUGACGCUGCAGAAGCUGAUAUUCAAGGGCUAUCAGGGGAAGAAAAAAGCAUAAUGGAGCUCAUCAAGAGCACAGCGGAUUAUUUUCAUGGUCAGGCAGGAACGAAGGAAGGCUUGCGUUUGUUUGCGAUUGUGCGAGAUUUCUUGACAAUGUUAGAAAAGGUUUGUAAAGAAAUUAGAGACACCAGAGCUAAGCAGCAAGCCCAGCGAGCCAAGGAUUCCAAAAACGAAGGUUCAUUAGCAUCAGCUUCUCGACAGAACCCACAACAAUCAUCUUCAGAGCGUCAACCACCGCCCCCAGAUAUUCGUAAACAAUUGUUUCCAGCAAUUACUAGUCAGCGGGUGGACGAUUCCAGUUCAGACGAAGACAGUUUCUCUCCUUACUGUAAAUUUAGAGAGGUAUAAGAGAUUUUCAAAUGGCAACAUAUUAACGUUUCCUUUUUCUUUUCAUUAUUAUAGUUUACCUCACUGUUACACUUGUACAAAGGUCGUUAUAGAUUGAAGCAAAUUUGAUUGCC